GUUUCACAUAUUUCCUGGCUCGAGGGGUCGUACAUGGACGCGACAACCAAAGACUCCGUCGCGGUGGCGGCAGACCCUGCGCAUGACAGCACCCUUCCUGGGGACAACAACAAUCCGGAGGAUGCCGCCCUGACGGAGACCCCGGCGGUGGAUCUGCCCCCGCGGGUGGACGUGUUGCACCAGCUGCAUGCCACCGAAGUGGAGCAAGCGCAGGGCAGUGCCCUCUUGCAGCAUUGCAAGGACGGAGCGAUGGAGGCCGUGGCAAAGCUAGUGCGCGAAGGAGCGCCGGUGUGUUUCGUCACCACGACGGGGUGGAUGCCGCUGGCCGUCGCGAGUUUCAAUGGCCGAGUGGAGGUGGUGAACUAUCUCUUGUCGAUUGGCGCAGGAGACUACUACAAACUGCUCAAGCAGCAGCAACUAGCGCAGAAUCAACAAACAAGUAUUGCUAUCAACAAACAAAGCAGCACUGACAAGUCGAAAAAGGCCGCACAGCAAAACACACCGUUGCACUGGGCAUGCUACAAAGGCCACGCCCAAGUCGUGUGGGCGCUUCUGUCGUGGGGCUAUUCAGUCGACGACGUCGACACGUGUGGCAACCGGGCGUUGCACUUGGCGUGUUCCAGCGGCAACUUUGACAUUGUUCAGAUUGUGCUCACGCAUGCCCCAGACUUGACGGCGAAAAACAUGUACGGCAACACUCCGUUGGACAUGACCACUGACUCGAUGUGCCGCAAGCUGCUCAAGAAAAUCCACACCCAAACCACAUGUGACCACUGCAAGGAACCGUUUGGCCGCGACCGCCGACAAAGUUUGUGUCAGCAGUGCCACAACAUUUACUGCAACGUGGAUCCAUGCUCGACAUCCGUCGAAGUGCCUUGGAACAGCCACGACAGUGCCGUGCGUGUGGUGCAGUACUGUCGCGAAUGCAAUCUGGGGUUGGCGGUCGUGGAGCGCGACUUGGAGCAAGUGCUAGCCGCCAAGUUGAAAGCCGUCGACGACAGCUUGUCCGGCAUACAUGCGAUCGAGCUGGAUAUCCGCGCUGCCGCCCUCCUCCCCCCCCCGUCCGAGGCAGCCCCCCUGGAUGCCGAAGGUGUCGCCGCCGUCUCCACUCCCGCCGCAGACAUACCCAAGGAUUUCUUUGUCAAGCAGCUAACGGAGGCAUUAGCCAAACUCGAGAGCGACGUAUCGGACGUUGAGGCGCUCAAGACGGCCAUCUCCGAAGCCCAAAACAAGGCGGCGAAUCCGCGGUUGGUUCAGGAAGCCAACGACGCGUAUAAGCGCCUCGUGUCGCAUUACAAACUUGUGGACGAGAUCAAGCGCCUUCUCGUGGAAAGACCGGUGAACGUCCGGUCGUCGAUUGAGUGCCUGCGGUCGGCGUGGCGGGAAGCCAAGUCGGCACAUGUGAGUCCUAUUCUUCUGGAGGCCUCCACGCGCGUGAUUGUCAUGGCCGAGGGUGAAGUGAGUUUGUACGGGUACUACAUGCUCAGUGCUCGCAUCGGGCUCGGGUCCAAGGCGUACUUGAACGACAUGACGAAGCUCAGUCAUGGGAUCGCUGCCGUCGAGGACAAGGGUGUGAACGACACGUUGCUGCGAAAUGCCAAGGUCCUUCGGGACAAACUGUAUGCUGAGAUGGCGAUGGAAGUGGCGCUGAUGCUGUUUGACGAGCAGUUGGACCCGUCGACCAACCUGCCCGUAUACGUUUUCAACGACGGAAAGCGAUGUCUGACGCUCUUGGACGCGCUGAGUCACCGCAACCACGUGGUGACCAUGGCCAUGGACACGGCGGUGAAAAUGGAAGACACGACGCCGAUAUCGCAUGUGCUGAUGGACCAAGCCAAGGAGUUGCUGGUCAAGCUAAAAAAAGACAUGAAGGACGAGCAAAAGCACGAGGAAGAGCGACGUCGACUGGAAGAAGAAGAAGAAGCUGCGAAGAAGGCCAAGAAGGGUAAGAAAGGAAAGAAGGGCAAAAAGUAAGAUGGGGGAACACAAGAGGC